AUGUCACGUUAUAUAACACUAUCUAUCUAUCUAUCUAUCUAUCUAUCUAUCUAUCUAUCUAUCUAUCUAUCUAUCUAUUUGCUCUGCGUCGAUUUCUUUGUUUACUUUUCUCCUGUCUUGUCUGCAAAUGGCGACUCCAUGGUAUAUUUUUAUUACUUCACGCUAGUUCUCGGCCCUUAUGAUCAACAAGCCUUGCUACCGCCACCUACAAUCGUUCUUGCCGCUUUCCACCAUUUUGGUUUUGCGUUGUUGCCUUUUUGUCUUUCUUUAAUUCUCUCUUUGGAAUUAGCCAAUUUCCCAUUUUACCUUUCCUUUUUAUCUUUCUUUAAUUCUUUCUCUCUAACACUCUCUCUUUCUUUCUCUCCCACCCCCUUUGGAAUUAACCGAUUUCUUCUUUGUCUUUUAUACCUUUCCUUUUUAUCUUUCUUUAAUUCUUUCUCUCUAACACUCUCUCUAUCUUUCUCUCCCACCCCCUUUGGAAUUAACCGAUUUCUUCUUUGUCUUUUAGUACCUAUCUCUCUUUAA